CCCAACGCAAGCUUUUCAGCUCCAGUCGACAGCGAACGAGCACGGAAAUAUACCGCAGCAUCCUCAUUCAUUUGAAGUGUUUACGCGCAGUUCAUAAAGGUGUCACCCCUACUGAUAACCUGCAGCAGCUGGAGGACAAGGGCAGCUCGGACAGCAGCUCAGAGCUUGCCAAAACCUGAGCCACACACAGAUCCUCAGCUUUGGCCAGGAACAAAGGAGCAGCGACGAGGCUUUUCCCCACAAUCCUCUGGUGUUCCCUCCCAGCUGGCGGGGCCUGACUGUGUCUGCUGACACUGACUGGAGCUGAGUGCUCUCUUUUUCCGCCGUGCGGGGCCUGGCUGCGUGGAGGAAGUGGGGGCUAAUUAAUGAACUGUGAGUAUGAGGCCUCACUGCUGACAGCCAGUGGAGACAGGAUUAAUAGUCCGGUCAUCUGGCUUGAUGUGUGUGCCUCCAGGCUGCCCCUUGACGAGAGUCCACUGCGGAAUCCACCACGGCGGCCGCCGAGAGACCAGCAGAGAUGCCCACCGAGACGCUGCAGGCAGAUAGCAAGCCCGUUGGCCAGGGUGGGGCCUUUGCCUCCGCCGUCCCACUCCGCAUCCUCAACAAGGGGCCUGACUACUUCCGUCGCCAGACUGAGCCCAAUCCAAAGCGCUUGAGUGCUGUGGAACGGCUCGAAGCUGACAAGGCCAAGUACGUGAAGAGCCAGGAGGUCAUCAAUGCUAAGCAGGAACCCAUCAAGCCACAGGUACUGGCCAAGCCCCCUGUCUGCCCAGUUCCCCUCAAGAGGGGUGGCGGUGUGGGAUCUGGCGUGAAAGCUUCCAACAACAACGCCAAGUCAGACACUUGCGCAACCACCACCAAACGGGAAAAUCUCAACCUGGAGAUACUGAAGAACAUCCUUAACAGCUCUUCCUCUUCUGAGGGGCCCGCCAAGGGGACCACACACAAAGUUGGGGCACGUAGCUGGGCACCUCAUCGCUCGUCUGAGUUAUCGGAACCUGGAUGUCGCUCUUUUACUGACUCUCUCAAGGUACCACCUUCAACGCAGGGCAGACACAGUCCCCAGGGAGGAAACUUGAAUCUGAGUCGCAGACUGCUGGAGGAGAGGUCAUGCGAGGUUGAUGGAGAACGCUCGCCCCUGCAUGCCUCCCACAGCUCCUCAGACAUUCGGCGAAUGUGCAAUGGCAAGCCACUGAGAGCGGCACGUAGCAGCAGCUCUUCCGCACCACCACUGCCACCCAAGCCUAGCGCCAAGGCCUUGGCUGCUUGUGACAAUGCUCCCUGCUCUCCUGAACGAGAGACACUGACUAGCACUGCUGCAGAGCUGGAGCUGGGAAGCUCUGUGGCCCGCAGACCCUCUCUACACCGCUCCAAGUCAGACCUGAGUGACCGAUAUGCUCGGGCCGGUGCUGACGUGGAGCGCUUCUUCAACUAUUGUGGGCUGGAUCCCGAGGAGCUGGAGAGCGUAGGUGUGGAAAGUUUCGCUAGGGCGAACUCUGACAUUGUGUCGCUCAACUUCCGUAGUGCCAGCAUGAUCAGCUCAGACUGUGAGCAGUCACGGCAUAGCAAUGACGACCUGACCGAUGAAGAAGAUGACGCUGGGGAGCGUGUUCCUUAUGGAAUUUCUGCUGUUGAACGUAACGCCAGGAUCAUUAAGUGGCUCUACAGCAUUAAACAGGCACGGGAGUCUCAGAAAGUCUCCCAUGUCUAAAAGAAAGAGCAGACCUCCCUAACCCAAUCUGAACUUGGUACUUGCUUAUUUUUGCAAUUCAUGCACUGUCUUUGAAAUCUCGAAAGAUUACAUGGCAAAGCCUUUUGAGUUACCAGCUCUUUUUAGUCGCUUUUGCAUUCACUGUUCUCUGUCUUCUGAAUCUGCAUGACUCCUUAGAAACUCAGCCUCUUUGCGACCUCAAGGUAAUGCAGCUCAUGUAGAAGCCUCUGUAAAGAUGGUUGCGUCCACGCAAUCUUUAUGCAGAGAACAAUUCGUAUUUCCCCUUUUGUUUAGUUUUGCCUCUGUCGGUCAAAUGUUUUGAUGCCAGCACCUUGCAGGUGCUUCUUAUUUCACUUGGGCACACUGAGCCAGGAAGCCAUAUCGGUAUGAAUGCAGAGCUGCAGUGUGUUUAAAUCUCUUUUGAUCCUCUCUUUAUCUGUUACUUUCUUUUUUUGACUUGUUCUUAUGAUGGAUACAAGCUCUAUGUAUAUAAACCCCUGUGAAUAGGCGCAGCAGAAGCAUGUUUUAGUCUAUUCUUGAGAUCUCCCUCACCCAACUUCUCUCAGUCAGCCUUGCACUGGUCAUAUUGUUCUGGCAGUGUCAUGACACCAUCCAGCUUCAUGUGGUUUGUUUUCACUUUGUCUGUCGUCCAUAAAGUUCCUGUUUGGCGGUUGAUUAUUUUUGUGGUCCUAUUAUUUGGAAAGGUGUAAAUGCUGUAAGAAUAUGUAUAUAAUUUUCAGAGUUGUCAGAAAAUCAUUGUGUGAUGACGAGUCUCCUGUUUUCCUCCAUAGCUCCUGGUCUGUUUGUCCUGUCUCUUGCAUCGCGAGGCUGUGUGAGACUCCAUGAGCAAAUCUGUAUGACACUGUUGUUGCAAUGACAUAUAUGUUCGGUAUAUUGAAGUUUGAGCUGUUACUUAAAAAUUCAUCAAGACGUUUGUUCAUGUUUAGUUCUUUUUCAUUUCAAUAAAUGGCUGAUUUUGCCAACUUUUGCCAUCAACCUUAAA